CACAUGCCUCCUCCAUCAGUACCACUUUGUGUCUGAUGCAAUGAAUUGGACUGAAGCUCAGAGCUACUGCAGAGAGAUGUACACAGACCUGGCCACUAUUGAAAACACUGAAGAAAUGAAGAAACUUAAAGACACAGUUUCCGCCGCUGGUUACAGCUCUGAGGUUUGGAUUGGCCUGUACAGUCAUAUUGACUGGAAGUGGUCAGAUGGGUUCAACCAGAGUGGAGCUGAAUAUAGGAGGUGGCAUCGUAAUGACCCAAACUAUUACAAAGCCAAUCAGCUCUGUGUGGUCAGACAAAGUAUGCAACAUGGAAUGAUAAUGAAUGCCAUGUGAGAGUCCAUUUGUCUGCUACAGAGGAACAUUAGAGGAUUCUGACUUUGUGCUGGUGAAUACAGCAACGAAUUGGUCUGAGGCUCAGAGGCACUGCAGAGAACACUACACAGAUCUGGUCACUGUGAGGAACAACGCUGACAACGACAAGAUACACAAGUUGAUAAAACCUCUCGGACCGGCAUGGAUCGGUUUGUACAGAGAUCCUCAGAUUUACUGGUCUGACAGGAGUAACUACUCAUUCAGCUCCUGGUAUCAGGGUUUACACCCACUUGGCUCGAUGAAAGUCGUAUGUGGUGUUGCAGAUUUGGAGAAGGGAGGAAAAUGGAGGUUAUUUUCCUGUGAAGAAAGAAAACCAUUUGUCUGCUACAGCGUCCCAACAGUGAAGACGUUGGUGAAGGUGAGGGUGGAGCUACAGGACUCCUCUGUGGACCUGAAUGACCCUGCUGUGAAAGAACAGAUUCUGAAAGAGGCAAGUCUCCAAAAUCCACCCUGAAACAUGAACUCACUCAUAGACCCUGGACAGAUGUAUUACAGAGUUUGA